UAACAAUUUGACCAAUCAACCAAUGGAUGAUUAAUAUUGAAGAUUUAUACCAAGAAUCAUCGCCAAAACUUUCUAAAAACAUUCGUUUGUUUGUUUGUGUGUGUUUUAUGAACCAAUUUUUUUUUGAAUUCUUCCGGAAUAAUCUUUUGAAAAAAACCUGCGGAUAAUGCUUUUUGAGCUUAAUGUUUCAACAACAACAACAACAAUCAAUGUUGCCAACGAUAUUACAACAAUACCAACAACAACAACAACAAUGUCUUCGACAAUACCGAUAACGAUAUCAUCGACGACGACGACGGUGGAUGAUGCUUCGACGACGACGAUACCAACAACAACAUCGAUUUCAAAUGUUGAUUAUUGUCAUCAUCCUCGAGAUGAUGAUCAACAACCAAUGAUAAAUGGAUCGAUAAAACGUAAAUUUAAUGAUGAUAAUGAUAAUGAUCAAAUUGUGAAUGAAAAAGAUUUAGAAUUAAUAUUACCAUCGAAAAGAUUAUCAAUUGAAUCUUGUUUAUCGAAUGAUGAUAAUCGAAUGUUGACAACAAUAACAACGACGAUUCCUAUUUCAACAAUAUCGACCGAAUCGGUUAUAAUAGCCAAUAAUAAUUCGAAUGUUUCGAAUGAUUCGAAUUCGAAUUCGAAUGAAGAUUCCGAUGAUGAUGAUGACGACGAUGAUGAAGAAUCUGAAGAUUCUGAUGAUUCCGAUGAUUAUGAAGAUGAAGAUGAAUUAGAUGAUGAAGAAGAUGAAGAUAAUAUUGAUAAAGUUGAUCUCGUUUAUCAGAAAAAUCCACAUCAUCAACAACAUCCAGAUCUUAUCUAUUCAUCAUCAUUGAAUAAUGAAUUUAUUGAAAAUGAUUCUCAACGAGCUUCCUCACCAUUAUCAUUACCAAAUAUUCAUCAUCAUCAUCAUCCUGGACAUUCGCCCACAACAUUAUCAUCAUCAUCAUCAAUCAUUGAUCAACAACCGAAUUAUUCGGAAAAUCAAUCAUCGAUAUUAUCUUCAUUAACAGCAACACCUCAUCCUUCUCCAAUAACAACAACAACAACAAUGCCUUUAAAUAUUGAAACAACAAAUUCUGAUUCAAUUCCAAUGGAUAUUAUUAUUGAUCCAAUGAUAUCAUCAUCAACAACAACAACAAUUCCAACAACAACAACAGCAACAAAUAAUAAUGAUCAUCAAGAAUAUUAUUGUUCAUAUAGUAUGAUAUCAUCACAACAACCACAAAUUAGUCAAACAACAUUACAACAACAACAAUAUCAUACAACAAAAAGUAGUAACAGCAAUAAUAAUAAUCAACAACAACAACAACAACAACAACAAUUAAGACAACGGCAACAAAUAUUUAAUUUAUCAAUGUUAAAAUUGAAUCGUUUUCGUCAAUCAACUGAUCUAUCAUUACAUCGUUCAGUAAUGAUUUGUAAUACAUUACGUAUGUUAGAAAAAGAAUUAGAACGUGAUGGCCUUAAAGUUAAUGUUAGUCCAAAUGGUAUACCAUUUUUAUCACCAGUAUCAUCGGUACCUGUUGAUAUAUUGCCUUCAUUACAACAACAACAACAACAAUCGCAAUCUCAAUCUCAAUCGCAACAACCAAAUCAGCCUUUAUUAUUAGAUAAUAAUGAUGAUACCGAAGAUUUUGAUUCAACAUCAUCAUCAUCAUUAACGCCUACUACUACUACAAACGAUAUUCAAUCAUCAUCAUCAACAAUUUAUCAAUCAACUUAUGCCUCUUCACCUUUAUUAUCAUCAUCAUCAUCAACUUCAUCAUCAACAUUAGAUCCAUUAAUCAAUAAUGUUGGUAUUAGUAAUGGUGGUGGUGGUGAUUAUGAUAAAUAUUUUACUAUUGAAUGUCCAUCAUCAUCGGGUCGUGCAACACCAUUUAUUAGAUGUCAAUCAUCAAAUGAUGAUAAUUUAGAAGAUAGCGGUCCAAAUACUUUUUGGUCAACAGUCAAUAACAAUAAUAACGGUGAUAAUAAUCAUAAUGAUAUACAAAUGACCAAUUUGGAUACGGUUGAUAAUAAUGUUGGAUGGAAUCAAACCAUUCCAUUUGAUGAUUCAUUAUCAUCAUCUGUAUCAUCAUUGCCGAUAACAACAUCGACGUCUACAUCAAUAACAAAUACAACAACAAAAACGGAGCUUAUAUCAACAACGACAGCAGCAGCACCAACAGCAGCAUUAUCAUCAACGAUAUCCGAUGAUAUUUCCGAUCCAAUUUUAACAUCAUGUAGUACAAUAACCACCACUACUACUACAACUCGUUCUUCUACUCUAACACCAUUAUCAUCAUUUGAAACAUUAUUAUUACCACCAGCAUCAACAUUAACUGAAAAUAAUUCAUUAUCAACAACGACAUCAUCAUCAUCGUUAUCAAGAUCAACAUUGUCGACGACAAUAUCGACGCAGCUAUCACCAUCAAUAACAGCAACAACAGCAGCAACAACCAUGGCCAAUCUAAUCACUUCAUAUUCGAUUAAUUCUUAUCAUCUUGCUUACGCAACAACAACAACAACAACACCAGCAGCAACAAAUAUAAUGACAUCGUCAACAUCGACAACACCGACAACAACAACAACAUCGAAUGAUGAUACAGAAAUAUUUGAUGAUAUUGAUUUAUCAUUAUAUGAUUUUGAUCUAAUAUCACCAUUAUCACCACCAUCUAAUCUUGUUAAUAAACAGCAGAUAAUAUCUGCAGAAGAUUUAAUACGUAAUAUUAAUAAUAAUAGUACCACUAAUCUACAAUCAACUUUAAAUUAUAAUCAUCAUAAUCAUCCAUUAUUGAAUGGUUUUCAAACAAAUAUGAAUUUUUCAUCAUAUUCAUCAUCAUCAUCAACAUCAUCAUUACCAUUAUCAUCUGGUCAAUCAUUUACCUCAUCAACAUUACCAUUAUCAUCAUCGAAUAAUAUCCUAUUGAAUACAAUGAUGAUGAUGCCAACAGCAACAGCAACAUCAACAUCGACGACAACAACAACAAUGACGACGUUUAAUAAUAAUAAUAAUUAUCUAAUGAAUUGUACAUUGAUUAAUGGUGGUGGUGGUGGUAGUAGUUCAUUAUCAACAAUGGCUAUUUCAACUAAUAAUAAUAAUAGUUUACAUUUUAAUGGUACAACAGCAGCAUCGAUACGUUUAUAUAAAACAUCGGAUGAAAGAGAUCAACAAACAAUUAAUGCAACAACAAUUAAAUGCCAUAAUUAA